AUGUCUUUGAAGAGUAUAUUUCAAGAUAUGAAAGGUGAGUUUGGGAGCAUUUCUAGGAAAAGCUUUGAUGUGAAAUUUGGUAUAAGAUCAAGGUCUCAACGGGUGGUUCAGGAUACCACCUCAUUUCGAGUUGAUGCUUUGAAGCAGAGUUGUUGGGCUAACAUGCCGCCGGAGCUUUUGAGGGAUGUGUUGAUGAGAAUAGAGGCAUCUGAUGAUACAUGGCCUCCGCGGAAAAAUGUAGUUUCUUGUGCUGGUGUUUGCAAGAAUUGGAGAGAAAUCAUGAAAGAGAUUGUGAAAUCCCCAGAAGUUUCGGGCAAGCUGACAUUCCCAAUCUCUUUGAAGCAGCCUGGUCAAAGGGGAUCCCUUCUUCAGUGUUAUAUAAAACGGAGUCGUAGCAACCAGACAUAUUAUCUUUUUCUGGGUUUAAAUCAAGCCUCAACUGAUGAUGGGAAGUUCCUUCUUGCUGCAAAAAAGUGUAGACGCCCAACCUGCACAGACUACAUCAUCUCUGUAAAUGCUGAGGAUGUGUCAAAAGGGAACAGUGGCUUUGUCGGAAAGCUCAGAUCAAAUUUUCUGGGCACUAAGUUCACAAUCUAUGAUGCGCAACCUACUAAUACUGGAGCCAAAGUCACUAAAUGUCGUUCAACCAGGCUUGUAAAUAUGAAACAAGUCUCCCCCAGGGUUCCUGCUGGCAACUACCCUGUGGCCCACAUUGCUUAUGAGUUGAACGUCUUGGGUUCCAGAGGUCCGAGGAGAAUGCAGUGUGUAAUGGAUGCCAUCCCUGCCCGUGCUGUUGAGCCAGGAGGUGUGGCACCCACACAGACUGAAUUUCUGCAUAGCAACCCAGAUAGUUUUCCAUCCCUCCCUUUUUUCAGAUCAACAUCAACCCGGAUGGAGAAUUUCGAGUCUGGCGAGAAUGGAGGUAUGCUGGUAUUGAGGAACAAGGCACCUAGGUGGCAUGAACAACUCCAGUGCUGGUGUCUCAACUUCAAUGGACGAGUAACAGUUGCUUCCGUCAAGAAUUUUCAGCUUGUUGCUUCCCCAGAGAACGGAGUUGCUGCUGGCCAGGAGCAUGAGAAUGUCAUCCUCCAGUUUGGAAAAGUGGGCAAGGAUGUAUUCACCAUGGAUUAUCAGUAUCCAAUCUCAGCCUUUCAGGCAUUUGCAAUUUGUCUGAGCAGCUUUGACACCAAGAUUGCUUGUGAAUGA